UGUUUUUUAACUUUUAAGUAGCCGGCUCUACGGCGCUUCUGCCUUCUUCGCGCGACACGUCGGUAGCUGGGGCCACGCCAUGAAGCACCUAGUUUUGUUAGCCGCUUUUAUAUCGGCAGUCCUAGCUAGCGAUGUCCUCGACUACUCGGGAUCUGAUUUCGAUGUUCAGAUUAAAGAGCACGACACAGCUCUCGUGGAAUUCUUCGCCCCAUGGUGCGGCCACUGCAAGAGGUUAGCCCCCGAGUAUGAAAAGGCGGCCACCGUGCUUAAAACGAACGAUCCGCCAGUGCCACUUGUCAAGGUUGACUGCACUUCGGAUACCGGCAAAGAGACUUGCUCGAAGUAUGGCGUGAGCGGGUACCCCACCCUGAAGAUCUUCAAGCAGGGCGAGUUCUCGUCAGAGUACAAUGGCCCCCGGGAGUCGAGUGGCAUUGUCAAGCACAUGCGCUCGCAAGUCGGGCCCAGCUCGAAGGAAUGCACGAGUGCUGAAGAACUUCAGAAACUGCUGGACAAGGACGAAGUCGUCAUUGUUGGCUUCUUCGAAAACAAGGAUGUUGAUCUUCACGAGCACUUCCUCAAAGUUGCUGACAAGCAAAGGGAGUCCUGGGUGUUCGGCCACACAUUCAACAAAGAUUUGCUCAAGAAGUUCGGGCACACAAACAAAAUUGUGCUGUACAGGCCUAAGUUACUUAAGAACAAGUUUGAAGAAAGUGAGGUGGUCUACGAUGGUCCUGCUGACAAGGCAGCACUUGAGAAGUUUGCGAAGGAGAACUACCACGGCCUUGUUGGCCACAGGACUCAAGACAACUACAACCAGUUCGAGGCCCCACUUUUGGUUGCCUAUUAUGACGUUGACUACACAAAGAAUGCUAAGGGAACCAACUACUGGCGCAACAGGAUCCUCAAGGUGGCUCAGAACUACAAAGGCAAACUCAACUUUGCCAUCAGCAACAAGGACAGUUUUGCGGCAGAGAUGGACGACUACGGCCUGUCAUCCCACGGCAACAAGCCAGUUGUCGCCAUCCGUAACACCAACAACGAAAAGUUCCGCAUGACCGAUGAGUUCAGCAUUGAGAACCUGGAGAAGUUCCUCGAGAACUACGUUGCUGGCAAAAUUAAGGCGCAUCUCAAGUCUGAGCCAGUGCCCGAGAAGAACGACGGUCCUGUCAAAGUGGCUGUUGCCGAGAACUUCAAGGAGCUUGUGCUUGACAACCCCAAGGAUGUUCUGGUCGAGUUUUACGCUCCCUGGUGUGGCCACUGCAAGAAGUUGGCACCUACUUAUGAAGAAGUUGGCAAAACGCUUGCUGGUGAGGAUGUCGAAAUUGUAAAGAUGGACGCCACUGCCAAUGACGUUCAUUCGAAGUUCGAAGUCACAGGCUUUCCUACUUUGUACUGGCUACCGAAGAACGACAAGGAGAACCCGAAGAGGUAUGAUGGUGGCCGGGACCAUGACGACUUCAUCAAGUACAUUGCCAAACAUGCCACUGAUGAGCUCAAGGGCUUCGACCGCUCUGGUGCAAAGAAGGCCAAGGAAGAAUUAUGAGUCAAUGUGGGGUCAGGAGGGCCAUUGUUUCUAUCAUUUCAUUUGGGGACUCUUUGUUUGUCAUCUCUGUACAAUAAACUGUUUUUUUUUCUACUCACACACAC